AAAUAAGAACCCUUGUUUAUAUAUAAACUAAUGAAAGAAAAAUAAAAAAGACUCUGGUUUAUAUAUUUUUCUUCUGGUUCGUUCUUUGUCAAGUCGACUUCUUCGGGUCUCUCUCUAUCUUUCCUUUGUUUGAUUUUCAUCUAUAUCUGUCUUUAAUUUGGGUAUUAGGGUUUUCUUGUCUGCCCUUACCUUUCCUCGUCCCUCUGGCCAUCUUCCUCGGAGAUUCAUUUUCUUAUGUAAAUUCGAUUUGCGUAAGAGUGUUUUGUUUUAUGCCCUCGUGUGUUGAUCACAAAAUUGGAAAAGAUUCUUUCUUCUUUCAUUAGAUUUUCAACAUCUUGUCUGAAAAAGUAUCUCGCUUUCGAAGUUGGGACCUUUCUUUUUUACUUUAUAUGGAAAAGCUUCCCUGUUAUCAUUUGUGUUUAGAAUCCAUCUUCUUCUGAUGAUGAUCUUGUUUGUUUCACAAAGGUGUUCACUGGUUUUUUUUUGUACUUCUUCUCAGUAGUAUUUGUCGUUGUUGUGUGAGCUAUUAUGAAUAGAAAUUCCAAAGGAAGAGCAUGGUAUGAUAAAAUCUACCGUAAAUUGGCAUCUCAGGGUAAUGUUUCUUCAGGAUUGGAUUCUGUAAAGGAUGAACCAGAGAAACUCAGGGAGGAACAAAUGGAGGGGGAUGGUUUUAAGGAGAAGUUAUCAGACUCUGUGUUGAUAGAUGAGAAGCUUGAAGAGUACAGUGAUUGUGAUCGAACAGCAACCACUUCCCGUUCUCACACAGAUCCAGUAUCUUCUCAAUCUACUCACCAGACCCCGGAAAGCUUUAGGACUCCAAUAACAUGUGAUGAUGAUACUUUUGUAUCUGUCUCUGGGAUUUCUAGGGAUGUUUCAAAUCUAAUCCCAUUCGCGACAGAGACUCCAGCUUCACCUGUUCAAGAAAAAAUGGCAAACACUAGAUCCUUUAGCAACAACUCUGUGAAAGGUAAUCAAGAUGAGUUCUUCAUUGAAGACUUCGAUGUUGGUCCAAUGGAUACCAUUGAUUUGUAUGACAUGACAUUUCGAGAAGACCCCUCAGAUUUUGACGACAAUUUGCUAUAUGCAAUGCGUGACAGGACUAAGCAACUCAGAUCAUUCAAGAGAAAAAUAAUGGAUGCUAUUAAAUCGAAAAGAAGAAGAGAGAAGGAAUAUGAACAGCUUGCUAUAUGGUUCGGAGAUGCAGAUAUGGGUUGUGAUCUGGUAAACGAUAAGGAACAGUCUACAACAUCUAUAGACUCCAAAAGCUCGCAGACAAAUGUGCCAGUUGUAUCAGAAGAUUCUGAGUGGGAGAUUUUGUAAGAUAUAAUGUGUUCUAUUUUGGUGAGACUCAUGUGAUGAUGAAUACCAAUAUUUAGUUUGUAACUAUUACUAAUAUGGAAAUAUUUAAUUCUUCUUUCUGUUCCUUCUAGUUUUGUUUACUGCUUUUAAACAAUCAAUUGAUCCAAUCAAGAAGCAAGGAACAAGCAAGUUGA